CUCGAGUAUAUAUAACGGAGUAGGCAGGUAGGUUCUCCACUACGUCUCGGCAGUCGGAGCUUGGAAGCCCCGAUGAUUGACGUUUGCAGCAAGCUUAUCAAGCUGGGUUUUCUAAUCCAACACAUGUGCCUGCAUGGAAUCAGGAGUCCCUUAUGAACGUAUUAAGUGUCAACAACAACAAAAAACACCUCUUCAACGUCCUUAAUCCUGAACCUUGAAUCUUGCAUAAGCACUCAGCCUCGAUUUAUUUCAUUUUAAUUUCAAAAGUUUCAUCACACAUCACCAGGUGAUACGCUUAUUAUAGGACGGACUACCAGUCUGUUGUGUUUUGGAAACAGGAAAAGUUCUGUGGGUGAUAUUUUCAUUCAGUCAAUCAACCCAUUUGUAUCAACCAACUCUUCUACAAUAAAUAGCCUCAUCAUGAGUUCGAGUGGCCCGCCGGUUCCUACCGCCAAUAACUCGAAUGCUCAACAACCUCAACCACCACCAAAAGUUCUUAGCUGCACGAACUGUAGACGACGUAAGAUAAGAUGCAACAAAACGACAAAUCCUUGUCUCCCGUGUCAAGUGAGUAGACUGUGUUUUCCCUAUCUUCCAUCCAUCCUCUUUGAAUAUCGAUGACCAACUCACAGUCAGGCAUCUGGUACGGAAUGUAUCUUCCCUACCCGAGUCCGCAAUCCUCGGCCGAGACAGAGUAAUCCAAAGUCUCGUGAUGCUGAGCUGUUGAAGAGGAUCUCUCACCUCGAAAGUUUGGUGAGCAGAAUUGAUGCCACAAAACUCACCGGUGAUGCCAGUCCGACAGAAGACAAUAGCCGAUCAAAUGAGCCAUCACCAGCAACGCGGACUCAUCGUUCUUUCACAUCCCCAAGUAAUUACCCCAGGCUUCCGGAGACUGGUUUAAUACCGGGUCGUAUGGAUCACCAAUUCGCUUCAUUCAUAAAGCGCCAGGAGACCGACUCGAUUUAUCCUCAUGACGGCUUUUGGACGAGAUUAAGUGAAGAAAUCGAUGGAUUGAAGCAGCUCAUUGAAACCCCGAGCGACGACGAAGAAGAGGCUUCUGCAUCAACUGCAACGUCGCCCGCCUCCAAGUAUGAUUCCCCUUCGCUGUUUGUCUUUGAUUCUAGGGUGACCUCUUCGAAUAUAUCAAUCUCGUAUCCGUCCGACCGUCAUCGCGAUAUUUUAUUCGAAUUUUAUUUCAAAAAUGUUCAUCCUUUAAUAACUGUAAUGCAUGAACAAACGGUAUACCUCACAACACAUUCAGACUCUGGACUAAUUGACCAAGAUACCGGUCGACACAAGUUCAAAAGUCUUCAAGCUGUCACGUGCUCUUUUUGCUUUGCGGCAGUAACGAGCAUGACAAAUGAAGAGUGUCUCGAGCAUCUUGACGAAGAAAGGGACAUCUUAGUGGCACGAUACAAAACUUCGACGGAGAUUGCUCUUCAGGAAUCGGAUUUUUUAAAUAGUGUGGAAAUCGUUACCUUACAAGCUUUGUUAGUUUAUAUUGUAAGUAAACUUCUUCUUCUAGGCAUCUUGGUCAGUGAUUCUGUAAUAUUUUAUUUAUGUACGUAUUUUAGGCAGCCAUGCGCUCUCAUGAUCGAAGUCGAACUACCUGGACAUUCAUCGGUCUGGCAGUUCGCAUUGCUCGUGCUCUUGGACUUCACAGAGACCCUACCGGUGACCCUUUCGAUGUGCAGAUGCGAAGAAGAGCAUGGUGGUCGUUGCUUGUACUCGAUACUAGAGCUUCUGAAGAUCGUGGUACUGAAGCAAUGAUAACGGAUGGCUCUUUUGACACGAAAAUGCCUGCCAACGUUAACGAUGAGGACUUCGGGACGGCUUCUGAAUCUCCUGUGGUGGAUAAGAUAGGACUUACCAGCAUGGCUUUUCCUUGCAUUACAAUGAUAGUCAGUGGAAUCGGAUUGAAGAUGAAUUUCGUGUCUACCCAAAAGGAUGCGCCGGUCUGGACCACGGAACAGAAAGAACAGAUGAUCAAGGGAUUUACUGAUAAGGUAGAAUCAACCUAUCUUGCAGGUUGUGACCCCACAGAUCCUAAAUCCUGGUGGAUUUGUCGCAUAGCACGACUUUUAUCUCUCAAAUUAUGGUUGUCUACACAAUAUCCGCUUCAGCGUAGGAAAUCGACGUAUCGAGUACUUCCUCGAGGACAAUCUCUGCGCACUGCCAUGGCAUACCUAAACUUGAUUGAAGAGUUGCAGCAACAUGAGGGUUGCGGAGGGUGGUUUUGGCUUUUCAAAACCUAUGUCCCAUGGCAUGCGGUCGCUGUGGCUCUAGCUGAGCUUUGUGCUGAACCGACUGGCCCUCUUGCUGAUGAAGCUUGGGGGGUCAUUGAACAUCAUUAUAAUAAAUGGAGUGAAUAUGUCGCAGACACAAAGGAUGGAAUGAUUUGGCGACCAGUUAAGAAUUUGCUAAAACGAGCCAAAGCAGAAAGGAGGCGAGAAAGGGCCUUCAGUGGAUCGCAAGCAUCGGCAGCCACCCCAACCUUUUCCGAAACUAAUAUUUACAGUCCACCUUCCGGAUUGGGUCCCGAAUUCUCUUCAGUUAUGCCAGAAAAUAACAACUACCACCAGCCAUCAACUAUUGAACAAAUUGGCCCAAGUGGACAUAACCCAUACGGUCCAAUGGGCUUCGAUCUUCCCAUACCCAUGGCUCCUACCGCCAUGGAUACGAAUAUGGUAUCACCAUUAAAUAUUCCGGACGCUUAUACAAAUGCACAUUGGAAUGAAUUCAUUUUCGGAUUAGGGGCCGUUGGUGCGGACGGACAUCAAAAUCCAGAGUUGUGGAGUGCAUAUCAAGAUUACUUUACUGGCUCUUGAUCAUUUUAGGAGAGCAUUGAAAAUCCUCAAAUUCGCCUGCAACUACUACUGCCAUACUUUUGUGAUGAUUGCUUGGCUUGGACAGUAUGUGUACGAUCAGAAAGACGUUGUAAUAUCAAAUAUCUCCUCUCGUUUAAGUCGUUUUACAUACAUAUUAUACCAAAAGCUGAGGGAACAUCUUCGGAUAAAUUAAGGUUAUGAGAGCACGAAUUUAUUACUCGUAAUUCUAAGCACGCACAAGCCUUACAAACAAUUUCAAAAUGCCGAUAAUUUGUUUCUGAUAUUGGCCCGCGCGCAGAACUUUAUCACGGUUUGGGAUACUGGAGGUCAUUCAAAAUCAUGACAACAAUUACUAUUUGGGUAGUAAAGCCCGUCGGGUUAGGAAAUACCGGUACAAUGGAAAUCCCGUCUGGAGAUUUUAAUUGCAAAUAGACAUGAUCAAAAUGUCACAUUCAGAUAGCUUCUAACAAUCCCUGCGUCAAGAACCUAGGUCUCGCCAUGCGGAGGAGUACUUGAGUGAAACAAAUGGUGAAGCGAAUUUUGAUUCACUCUCCGACCGUGCAAAGGCACGCACGUAUGUUUCGAAAUAAGAACGGCUUAGGGCGCAUACUGAUGAAAUGCUACUUGAACAUGGCUCAAUUUAUAAGCUUCAUCUGGAAAACAGGGCAGAUUUUCUUUGUGUAAGAAUAUUUCGGGCGGUGCAGGAUUGGGGGUUGGGGAACAUUUAUAAAUCCUAAUUGGAAAUAAUUGCAUAUUAACGGUAUUAUCAGAACUUGACACAAUCUCACUUGUUCUAUGGAAUCAUUGUGUGUACAUGGAGCUUUCGUCUUAUGUAUGAAUGGAUGUGGAGGGGGACAAUCGAGGGCAUGUAUAUUAUAAUGGACUGUUGCAUGUGACGAGAAGUCAUUGACAGACAACCAUUUUCAACAAGGUCAUGAAAUAGGAGUCUAUUCUCUUGGAUCUACAUGAGCAAUUCCGCAAUAUUUGAUUAGUGAUCAUGUUCAAGAAGAUGCAGAUUUCAUCCACAUGGAUAGCCUGGACAAUACUUUCAAUUGCUGGCCAUACUCAGUAUUUCGCAAAGACCAAAUCAAUAUGAACAAGGCCAUGACUUAAUCUAGUUCGUUCAAUUAUUCAUCACAUGUCAAUUAGUCAUACUUCAGGUUCCUUGCCCUUUAGGUCAUAGGCCGAUCUUUGUUUUACCCCUGAUCCAAGCUUUAGCCACAGCAGAUCUAGUCAAGACAACCAUGCUACACGAUCGCAUCGCGCAUCAUGUUUGGUUUUCCAAAAGCAGACUGUUGCGAAGAUGGACGUGACUAGUGGAGAAUUAUUAGUGAAAUUCA